CUAUUGAUCGCCUCUGAUUUGGGGUGAAGGCUGCUGUUUGAGUAAGAGCUCCUGUGUUUGAGGUCGUUCUUCAUUUUCAGCAGCUGGAAUCUUUUUCUCGAAAGCUUCUCCCUUUUCUAGACAAACGUCUUCCUUUUCUCCAACAUUCUACCGGCUCUUCCUGUGAUUUAACGUCCUGAAAAAAUAACCCGAGUGAGACAUCUUUUGUUUGUAAGCGAGCUUUCCGUUCCGGCAAUGAAAGUGCUGCUGUGUUGUUUACUGACAGCAGGGCUGGUCACAGGUUACCGCAGUCCCCUGAAUGAUUUCCAGCGCUCAGAGGGCAGAGAGCUGGUUCCUACCUCCUGGAGCUCAUCCCGGGUUCUAAUGAUAUUGGAUCUAAACCUGGAGGAGUGUGCCACUCGCUGCUUGCUCUCACUGGACUGCAGAGCGUUCAACUACGAGACGCGGCCCACGCCCACCUGCAGACAUCUGCCAUGGGUGGGCGACGGCAGCAACGCACAGGUGAAGCGUAACGUGAACUGCGACCUUUACGAGAAGAAGGUGUAUGUGAGGAAGUGCAUUGUGGGUAAAGGCGAGGACUACAGAGGGAAGGUGUUCACCACAAGGAGCGGCCUCACCUGUCAGCAGUGGUGGUCAAAGUUUCCACACGAUCACAGGUGGACUCCCUCGCCGACUAACGGCCUGGAGCUGAACUACUGCAGGAACCCAGACGGCGACCGUAUCGGGCCGUGGUGCUACACCACCGAUCCCGAGCGUCGCUACGAGAGCUGCAGCAUCCCUCAGUGCAAAGAUGAGGUGUGCAUCACAUGUAAUGGCGAGGACUACAGAGGACAAGUGGACCACACUGUCAGCGGCAGAGAGUGCCAGCGUUGGGACCAGCAGUACCCUCACCAACACAUCUACCAGCCUGAAAAGUAUCCUGAUAAGAGUUUAGAUGACAACUACUGCCGUAACCCUGACGCCUCUCCUGUGCCGUGGUGCUACACCACCGACCCCGACGUGGAGCGAGAGAGCUGUGAGAUCAGCAAGUGUACCGAGGUGCGUGUCGAGAAACGUCAGCGCUCCAGCCUUACCACAAACUGUUUCCGCGGCCGAGGGGAGGACUACCGUGGAAAAGUCAACGAGACCACGUCAGGCAUCCCGUGCCAGCGGUGGGACGCGCAGUAUCCUCACGAGCAUCCCUUCUACCCAAACACAUACGAAUGCAAGGGUUUGGAGGAGAACUACUGUCGCAACCCAGAUGGCUCGGAGGCUCCCUGGUGCUUCACAUCUGUGCCCGAGAUGAGGACUGCACUCUGCUUACAGAUCAAACGCUGUGCAGACGACAUCGAAGCAGAGGAUUGCUACCAUGAAAAUGGAAAAAACUACCGGGGCAUGGUGCGCAAGACCCGCAAAGGCAUCACCUGCCAAAAAUGGAACGUGAACAACCCUCACCACACCAAAAUAAACCCCAGGACACACCCCGAGGCCAACCUGACAGAGAACUACUGUCGGAACCCGGACGGGGAUCAACACGGGCCCUGGUGCUACACCACCGACCCCAAAACUGAGUUUGACUACUGCGCCAUCAAGCAGUGCGCUGGAGAGAAAGUAUCCCUGACUGAACCAGUGGAAAAGGUUGAGUUCAGCGAGUGUGGGAAAAGAGACGACCGCUUCCAGAGGACCAGGUUACGCAUCGUCAACGGAAUACCGGGGAACUCACCAUGGACGGUUAGCCUGAGAGACAGGAAAGGAAACCAUUUUUGUGGAGGGGCCCUGGUGAACGCCAGAUGGGUGAUCAGCACCAAGCAGUGUUUCUCCUCCUGCUACGUGGACCUGCCGGGCUACUCGGCCAUGAUGGGAACUCUCUUUCGUGAUCCCCAGGAAGGCGAGCCCGGCGUGCAGACCAUCCCGCUCACCAAGAUCGUGUGCGGGCCGUCCGAGUCUCAGCUGGUCAUGCUACAGCUGGAACACCCCGCCCAGUUUAAUGACCGCAUCUCUCAGAUUUGCCUCCCCCCUGAGCGCUACAUUGUGGCUGAGAGGACCAUUUGUGAGAUAGCGGGAUGGGGCGAGACCAGAGGCACCGGAGACGAGAGCGUCCUCAAUGUGGCCCACAUACCGGUUCUCAGCAACAAGGACUGCAACAAAUACUUCCGAGGGCGCGUCCGAGAGAAUGAGAUGUGCACCAGCUCUUUCCAGGGCGGGGUCGGCGCCUGUGAGAGAGACUACGGCGGCCCGUUGGCGUGCCAGAACCGAGACUGCUGGGUUCUGGAGGGGGUGAUCAUCCCAAUGAGACGCUGCGGACACCCGGGACAACCCAACAUCUUCAUCCGUGUGUCGGUCUACGUGGACUGGAUCAAGAAAGUCAUGGGCUUUGCUUAGGGGAGGGGCUAUCCAGUCUUUUUCCAGGAAGGGCUCUUUGAUACAUUUUGAACAGUGGAGAUGCUGAAAGCAAUGUGAGGCCAGUGAAGGCUAAUAGAUGCUGAACUAUCUGAGCAAAACAUUCACAGCUUAGCUUUGUGUUAUAGAUGACAAACAGUAGUGUAAUAUCUGAUGAUAGCGCUCAUUAAUAAUCAGUUCUUUGUUUUUAAUCACAUUUAUCACAUCAGUAUGUUGUAGAAACUUGCACGUACAUGAUCGUAGUAGUCGGCCCUUGUGUGCACCAAGGUGCAGGAUGUAUCAUAAUAAUACAGCAUGUGCAUGCGUAAGAGAAAUGUAACAAUGAGAUAUAAUUAGGACAUUACUUUAUGCACUAACUAUUCAUUGAAUGGAGCCCCACAGCACCUUCUCUCACCUCCCAGCCCUCCCUUGCCUUGCCAUUUCUAAAGAAAUCCCUCUUGAGUCUGUCUUUUGAUGGCGGCCCCCACCUCUAAAGACACGCCUUUGUGCCUAAUGCCCAACUGUAUGCGCUGCACAUUCUUUCUAGUUCUAUAGGAGGAUUUUUCUAAUGCGCUCCUGAUGAGCCCACGGAAUUCAGCCUAAAUAAACCUCAAGAUCACAGUCCCAAAGAAUCUCAGACACACCAGCCUGCACGAGGCCGCUGGACCCCACUCAUUCCAUCCCCCGCCGCCCCCACUUUACUGUACUUCCUCUCUGACUUGUCAUUGGCUGCUGUAGCGGGACCGAAUAAGAGUGCAAGAAAUGGCAGUUUGUGCAUCAUUCUGUUCACUUUCACUUGGUCAUAUUUAUGCCGGCUGACUUAUUUCAUGUCAUUCCAAAUGACUGUCGCUUCUUCUCAGCAACAGCAGACUUCUGGGAAAACAAAUAUACGUUUUUUUUAAAUAAAGAAAUAUGAAAGUGUUUCCUUGUUUUGAUGUACACGUAAUAGAUGUGGCAAACUGACAAAUGUACCGUGGAAAGAAAAUCUGACACCUGAUUCAUCUU